CAGGAUUUCAAUAGUGAGUCAAACAAAUCAAAAGAAAUACUAGAUGGUGGGUCACACUCUCGUGCAACUCCUCGUAUUUCUUCUUGCAGUAAUUUGAGUGCCAUGACUUUAAUUAAGUACGAAAUUGAUGAAACUUUGGAAAUCAAGGAAGAAAUUAUUUCAGAUCAAGAGACUAUUACAGAGCAGAAACUUAACAAAAAAUAUGAGUCAAAAUUGUGUAGCGUAGAUACAAGAAGAAAUGAGGUUUUCACUGUUAAAAACAAACUGCGUUCCCAUAAGAAAGGGAGAAUUCAGGAAUCAGAACCGAUAAAUGAGUACAAAUGCGAAAAGUGUGCGCGAAGCUAUAAAUGGAGAGUCAGUUUGUGGCGUCAUAAAAAAUUUGAAUGCGACGUUAUGCCACAGUUCAGUUGUAAAUUUUGCGCUAAACUAUUUAAACGAAAAUCUGUCAGGAAUGUCCAUGAGAAUCGCGUGCAUCACAACAAAAGCUCAAAGACGUUGGUAUUGAAGCAUAAAUGCGACAAAUGUUGGCGAAGUUACACUUGGUUAAAGGAUUUAACUCGGCAUAAAAAUUUGGAACAUGCAGCAGUCAAACCACUAUUUACUUGUGAUAUUUGUGGCCGCAAUAUGAAAGAAAAGAGUAACUUGUCUAAACACAUUACUACGAAACAUUUUAAGUUAUAAUUAUUACCUUUUUUGUAUUACUUAUAUAUCUUAAAUUACUUUUUUGUGAAAACCAGUAUAUAAUUCUCAAUAUUAAUUUUUAAAGGUUUCAAAAAAUCACAAUUGUUUUUCUUCGAUAGCGACAUGAAUUACUUUUCUGACGUGUAGAAUUUUUUAUUAUCUCUAUUUUUAUUAAAAAAAAAAUUUCGUAUUUUUGUGUAAAAAGCUCAUAGGUGCAGCGGGCACGAAAUGCUGCUCUUAUACUACUACGUGUUACCUUCUUUUUUAUUUACUGCCAAUUUUUGAAUAAGAAAUUUAUGAUCAAUUUUUGAUUCUACUAAAGCUAAUGGCGUCAUUCGAUUGUAUAGAAAAACAUUUCAUUGAGCUCAUAUGUUGAAAAAUUUUGUUUUACAUCCUUUUUGGUUUGUGGGUGAAAAAUUGAUACUGAGUGUGACACCUCCUUCGACAUCUAUUUAUACUAAAUAACAAAUUGGAUUGGUCUGUUCACCUGCCUGUUUGUUUAAAUAAAGUUAAAAAUUGUUUUUAAAAUUUUAAUUUAAAGUUUCGUGUAAAAAGAAAUGUGUAAAACUCAAGAAAUUUUUAAUAUUAAUUCAAAAAUUUCUUACUUCCGUUACACUAAAUGUUUGUAUACGAUUUUUAGUAUUGUAAGUUCCGUUAAAAAAAAAUGUGUAAAAUUUAGGUGCAAUUUAUCAGAUUAGCACCCGCUCCCGGC